GUAAACAUUCAUUCAGUCAAGUCAAUUCUGAUCGUCAAGCAAUAUGAAAGUAAUCACACUUUGUCUCCUGGUCCUCGUGUCGGCCAGCUGUCUGCUUAGCGUCAAUGCCAAUGCAGCAGGUCCCAAUGCCGUCGGCUUUGAGGAUUUCGACCUGGAUGCGUUCGAGGCUCAGCUGGAUGAUGAGUACAUGGAUUUCGAGACAUUCGGUUUCAUCAGAUCCGUGCGCAAGGCAUUGAAGAAGGCCCUCAAGACAGUGCGUGGCGUCAACUGCAUUAUUAAGGAAGUGAAUGAAAUCUUGUCCGCAUCCACCGGUUAUGUGGAUGCUAUUGAUGCCUGCGGCACUGCUGUGCCCAAGGAUGUUCUUGCCAUUGUCAACUCCUGCAAGACCAUCAUCAGCUUGUGCAACGACGUCAUCAAUGCGAACACCAAACUGUGUACCAAUGAAGAUGGCACCUCGACGACUUCUAAGAAAUGCUUCAGGAAUAUGUUUGUGACUGUCAUGAAGCUAACCAGAAAGAUCAACAAGACGCUGAAGCAAAUGGCUAGCCUGCCCUCUGAUACAAGCUCCUGCUUUGUGGAUGCCACAAACAGCGUGAAGACUAGCUACAACAAUUUCUUGCCCAACAUCAACACUUGCGUGGAUUCCAUGUAAAAUGUGUCACAAA